AUUGUGAAUGCUGAAGGUGGGUCAGUAGAGCAGACUGUUGCCGCUGCUGCUGCUGAUGUCGCUGGUCGACAAACAGCAAGUCUUCCUUUGCGAUAAAUGUUUGUCAGGUGAAUAAAUCCUGCAAAUUUGCCUUUAUAUUGUCUUCAACACAUCCUAGAGUGAUCAACACGAGAGGACAUCGGUCAUGAAGAAUUUGGCUGUGCCCUUGAGCGCUCGAGCGCUUUUCUUGGCUCAACUUCUGGCUUCAUUCCUCUUCAGCCCUGCGCUAGGCCAAAGUGAUGGCAGUGGCGUGGUGGUGGCCAUGUACAAUAUCAGCGCCCCCCAAGGAUCACAGGCGAUAUUGCAAUGUCACAGUCAGCGCAUGGUAUGGACCCAAGACCGCAUAAAGGACCGCCAGCGGGUAGUGCACUGGGAUUUACUUCGUAGUGGCCCGAACCAUGCAAUGGAACGUGUUUUAGACAUGUUUUCUACUGGAGACCAGCGCAUCUACAAUGGUUACAACCAGGGACGCGUUAACAUGCCCAGGACUGCUUUUAAAGAUGGUAACUUCUCAUUGGUAAUCAAAGAUGUUGCAAUGAGUGACAAAGGGAUCUACUCCUGUAACCUGCAUCAUCAUUACUGCCACCUGUACGAGUCAAUCAAAGUUCAGCUCAAUGUCACCAAAUCAGCACGUAAGGAGAGGCGGUUCUGGGACGGUCAGAAGGCUGUGUAUGUGGUUCUGCUGGGCAGCACGGUGGUUCUCCCUUGUGUUAACCGCCGGCCCAUCUGGACAGAGGGCAACAGUCAGGAGGACCAACAACAGGUGGUGCACUGGGAUCGUCAACCUCCAGGGGUUCGUCACGACCGUGCCGAUCGACUCAUUGACCUGUACGCUUCUGGUGAGAGGCGUCACUACGGGCCACUGUUCGUUCAACAAAAGAUGAAUAUUUCUGCCACAGCAUUCUCGCAGGGAGAUUUUUCUCUGAUCAUCUCAGACAUCCAGCUCCUAGAUCAGGGGCUAUACUCCUGUCAUCUCCACCAUCACUACUGCGGCCUGCACGAGAGACGCAUCUUCCAGCUUUCCGUGACCCCUCCGGUCCCUCAGAUCCCUCAGAUCCCUCAGAUCACUCAGAACCCUCAGGAACCCACAGAUGAACCUCAAUAUCUUCCCAAUGAAGACCCAAACACCAAUAUGGUGGAAGUGCCGCCACAUGUCAUCAACGUCAUCUUGCCAGAGCAAAGGAGUCACUUCCUGCAGCAGCUAGGCUACAUCCUGGCAACUCUCCUCCUACUGGCCCUUAUUGUGUUGGCUAUUGUUCUCCUCACACGUCACCGGAAAAGACAAGGCCAAGAUUUUGAUCCACGCAAAGUCGAAAGUCCACCGCUACCGACGGUGACGUAUGUGGGCCACACAUCAUGUGUUAAGAAAGAAUGUGAGCGAAGCAUCCCAGAGGUGAAGUCAAGCAACCAGGAGGAGACAAAGUUGGACUACAAGAACAAUCUUCUGAAGGAAGCUGAAAUGACCAAACUUUGCUCCCCAAAAGCCAUUGACCUGGACAGAGAGAUGGAGAAGCCAUCUUGGAAAUAAGAGGUACCUUGCCACUGGCUGGUCCAGGGGCAGAUUUGGAAACCUGGAAUUCAUGGAAGAAGAAGGAAAUGUGGAGAGGUGACAAUAUGGCAAGGAAAUAAGAGAAAGAAGGAGAGAAGGGCACAGUUGUAUCAUUUUUUUUCUGAUUCAAGAUCUUCCAUCUUUUUUGGCUCUUGUGAAGUCUCACCAGCAGUAUGCAGCCAUAUUUUGGACAACUGAUAUAUCAGACUAAUUGCAGUUUCAGAGCACUAAAAUGACAAGCAUAAAGCUUAAAAAAUGCAAGAAUAUAGUCUGCAUUUUUUACUGAAUUUGCCCAAUGCUGCCACACACUCUGUGAGUGAGAAGUAAACACACCCAGAAUAAUGUGUCCUGAGUGUCAAAAUGUUUAUAUUGGUGUGAGAUUUGGGCAAUGUAAGGUUGAGGAAGAAGAAGAAGAAGGAGGAAGAACCUUCUUACUCAUUGUGGAAUCAAAAAACAUAGAACAGUUUUUAACUGAUUUAGUAAUUAAAUCAGAUGUAUGGCCACAAAUAUUGGCAAAAGCUAUUGGUACAUCACAAAAUGCAUUUUUAUUCUUUGUUCAUAUUUUCUUUCAGCUUCUCAAUAGGUUUAAGCUGUGCUUUCUGAAAGCUGUCUUGCAUUCUUUUAUGCAGACACCUGAAUACCUUUACUUUUUUAUAUGAACAGCAUGAUUAUUAAAAGGUCCAUUUUUGUUCUUAAUGAAAUCAUACUUGGUCAAUUAUAUUUUGCUUAUGUUGUUGAUUAUAGACAGUUUAGGCAAAAUAUUUUAUAUUUUAAGUCUUCAUAAUAUUCUAGACCAAUUUAAAUCAGUAUGUUUUCUCAUUUUGAUAUUCUUUUCCUCUUACUAACUGUUACCACUAAAAAGCUACAUUUUCCUUAAUGUAUAACAUUUGCUAUCAAAAUCAUCUGUAUUCUGUCAUCUAGUCUAUCACCUUUUUCAUGUUAUCAUUUGUAUAUUUUCAUGUUUACGUUUCUCAUGUUACAAACCUUGCUAAUUGCUUUUGUCACAGUUUAUUUGAAUAUUCUGGCAUUUAAUGUAUUUGCUUUCAUCCAUACUGCUCUAUGCUAACAGGCAGCUUUGAAGUCAUUUGCAGCAAACAAUUAAGUGUGAAACUGAUGCAACUAAUGCAUCAAGGUACUUGUACAACAAGAAAAUAAUUUAAUUUUAACAAUUAUUAAAGGUACACAAUGUAACGUAUUGUUUAGACAGUUUAUAUGGAAAGAAAAGCCAAGCCGAUGUUGAUUCUUGUUUUAUUACGAGCUCUUUCACGUUCUCUUUUUGCCAGCAGACUCUCUUCUGUUUUGCUAUUUUUUUUUUUUUUUUUAAACGGGUGAUUCCCCGGAGAUAAGAGAUUUAGCGUGCUCCAUGUCAACCUUUCUCGCUCAUGUGACAGAGCAACUUUUCUCUAUUUAUGGAUAUGACGAGACACACACGUGUGAGUGACGUAUGUACGCAAUUUCCCGCAAAAACCAUCGCGACGUGUCUAAAAUAUAAACACUUAUAAUAGACUUACCAUAGUGAAUCAGGGUAAGACAAAAACAUGUUUUGGAAGGAUUGAUGAUGUAUUUGAGCAUAAAAAGUUGCAGUGUACCUUUAAUAUGGCUAUACAUAUCCAUACAUAAUAGCAAACAUUUGUUUUCUAGAUUUGGAGUAAAGACUGAAUGAAUGUGUUAAUACCACAUAAUGAUUGAGGUUCCAAAGGGAAUUUGCUGGGUAGACAACAGUGCUUUUGGUAAAUGAUGCCACAUAAUGGAUACUUGAUUAUUUCCAUCCUGAAGCGGUUUAUAUUAUUGAUGAUUUAAUUUUCCAGCUCACUGCCAAUGUUCUCUCAUUCACAGCAGAAUAAAAUAAACAAUUUAACCUCUGGA